AGUGACAGUUCGAGUAAAAAAAAAAACGCGUCCAAAAAAUUCUUUCGGCGUUUUUAUAAAGAAAAUCGAGUUUAUUUAAUAAAAUAAGGUGUUUAUUUUAUAGGAAUUGGUAAAUAAUCAUUCUGUCUACCAUUUCCUUUGAAAAUCUUGUAAAUUUGGUUCAUUUUGGGUUUUCCUGCAUGAUUGUAGUGCUGUACCAUUGAGGAACAGAAGGGAGCACAUUCCCGUAAAGUUUUUGAGGAUUUCCUCCUUUUAUUGAACUUUGUGGGAAUUCUAACCUCAAAAAUUGGUUGGAAUGGCUAAAUUUCGCGCCAGGGCAAAAUCCCUGUACGUGGAUCCCAGGGAAAGGGAAGAAUUAGAGCGAGAAUUUGAAGUGGAAACACCCGUGGAGGAGCUUGAAGUUCCGGAUGAUGCUCUUGAGGAGGACACAAAGGAGAAGCACAUAAGAUUGCUGGAUGGCCUUCUAAGUGUCCUUCCGGAAGUGGAUCAUGUCUCCCACAAACAGCGCCUCAACUGGAUCAAAUGGCAGGAACUUCCCAACAGUGAUUUCAAGCCGGAUGAGAUGAAGAAGGAAGUGGAGUCAAUUAUAAAGCGUGUCCGGACAUUCAGGAAUCUCCGUGAGAUGAUUUCUGAUGCCAUUGAAGCUCUCAUGGGUGGCGGAUUCCACUGUACGGCGAUGAUGAAGGGCAAAACGAAUGGAUAUUUGCUCUUCCGCAGAGAAGUUUGGGAGAAGAUAAAGAAAAAGAAUCCAAAUGCUUCUCAUCAAGAUAAGACGAGAUUGGUGAAGGAGGAAUACUACAAACUCACUCCGGAAGAACGCUUGCACUACUCAACAUUGGCAAAGAAGCAGAAUAUUGAGAAGUUCGGCGAGAAAGCUCUGGCACGGCCAACAAAGCGCAAAAGCAAUAACAAUGAAGGAAGAACUCCAUAUAGGUACCUCGUGAAGGGUGGGGAGGGAGGCUAUCCAGAGCCUGAGACUCCAUUUGAUCUGUACGCACAGAAACAGACACUAAAGGGUAGCAUGGAGACGCUGAAUGAGCUGCAGACGAAAUGGAAUGCUCUGGGGAGUAAGUCAAAGGUCAAGUACAUCCUCAAAGCAAUGCGAUUGGCCAAGGGCACGGGGAAGCUUGUUGUGUCGAAUGUGGAGCGAAAGAUUCUCGAUGAAUUCGAGGGAAAGCCCAAGAAUCCCCUCACGGCGUACGCAGCAUUCGUGAAGGAGAACAAAUGCAAGAAUUUCUCUGAAGUUGCAGAAGAAUGGCGCAAGAUGCCGCAGGAGGAGAAGGACAAACGGAUAGCCCAAUGGCAUAAGAACCUUAAACAGUACAAAGCGGAUUUGAAGGAGUUCACGGAGUCCCUUUCAGCUGAACGCCGGGAGCUCGAGGAGGAAGAUAAGAAGCUCCGGAAGAAGCUCAGGAAGACCCUAACAAGGAGAACGACAAAAGCAAAGAAUACCAGCGCAUCAGCAAAUGUCUCAGACAGCGAAGACGAUGAGGAAAUGCAGCUUUCGCCGAAGAAGAAAGUUUCCCCGCCUGCAAGGAAAAAUCUUUCUCCACAGAAGAAAUUUCCCAUAAAAGUUGAACGUCUCCCUUCUCCGGCAAAGACGGCAAUUUCCCUCGAAGAGCCCUCUCCGAAGAAAAAGAGGAAAUCACCAUCAUUGGAGUCUCAGGAAGAGAGUACGGAAGCAGAGGAGCCACCGCCGAAGAGGAAGAAGGACAAGAAGAAAGCUCAGAAGGAAGAGGAAAGUGUAGCUCCGGUUCAAUCUCCAGUUAAAUUUGAGAAUUUCAUCCCACCACAAUCAUCCACUCAGGCCUCAAUUUCCCAUCGAGAUGCCCAGGGGAAGAAGAAAAAGAAGCAGAGAGGAGAUGAAUCGGGUACGGAGUGGAGCAGUGCGAGCUUCAGCGAAGACCCCCAAUCGGAAUUUGUAUCACCCAAGAAGAAGAAGAAAAAGAUGAAGCAACACAGUCAAGAGGAUCCUCCUUCCCAGGCAGGAAGUUCCCAGGAAGGAUCACCGAAGAAGAGGAAGAAGAUCAAGCAGGAGCCUGAAAGUGACAUUGAGAGGAAGGAAAGUUCACCAAAUAUUCUCUCGUGUAUGGAGGAAUCAACGCAGGAAGAGGAGGAGGAAUCGUGGAUGGUUAAUGGUGAACCGAAGGCGAAGAAGAAGAAAAAGAAAAAGAGCCAGGAUCCCAAUGAAUCCCCAAAGAAGCCACCAAAACGAACACCUCAAACAACGUACGAUUAUUUCCGGGAAUACGUGUAUAAAGGGCCCGAGAACAAGCUAGAUAAGGCCUGGGAGAAGAUUACAAAGCAGGAGAAGAAGGGCUAUCUUGAUAAGAUUAGAGAACUUAAUACAAAAUACAUGGAAGACUUGGAGCAAUAUCUUCAGACUCUUGAUUCAAAGGAAAUGAACAAAUUCACAAACAGGAAGGAAUGGAGGGGCAAUUAGGAUCCUUUCGCGGGGCAUGUAAGUUCUUCAUUCACUGCAAUGUUCUGUCUGUAUAAAAAUAGGAAUAUUUUUAAAUAAAAGAUGAAUUUAUAUAAAAAGAA